GACACUGUUAAGAAAAUAACCAAGUUGUUCUUAAACCUUAACGUUUUAGAAUAUUAAAACGGCAAUUGUUAUGUGGCGCAUACUGCAAAUAUAGUAUAGCGUGUAAGACUUGUGUGUAUGUGUGCAUUAAGAGCAUAACAUGCAUUUGUCCUUUGCGGUGAUGAUGUUUCCAUGGAAACCGGUUUCCAUCAACAACGUAGAGCAAAGCUAGAUUCUCCAGAGCCCUCACGGUAUAAUCUUUUUGGCAAGUAUGGAGUUGACAGGUAGCAGUUACAGUGGAAGUUACAAGAAUGGCAGGAUGGAGGGAGAAGGAGAGUAUACUUUCCCCACUGGAACAAGAUAUGUUGGACAGAUGAAAGAUGGAGUGUUCCAUGGCAAAGGUGUGCUCUAUUUUCCAAAUGGAAGUAAAUAUGAGGCAACAUGGGACAAAGGACUGUCCAAGGAGGGAAAGUAUACUUUCUCAGAUGGCUUAGAGUACGAGGAGGACAACUGGGACUUCUGUGAUGGCUAUGACAGGCGCUUCUACACCGAGAGGUGCAAUGGGCUGAGACCUGCAGGAGAGUCCCAACUGACCAACCAGGUCCCCCCACGAGUGAUCCCUGAUGGCUGCUAUGACUGCGGAGACGGCUUCUAUGAUCCCACGACCAGAGUUGUUACGGACUAUCACCAAAACUUCCUCAGGAAUGCAGAUGACAAAGAACACGAGUGGAUAGUGCGCAAUUGUCGGAAGAGCUGGGAUGAGAUCGUUGGACAAAGGAAUUACACAUCUGAUCUCUAAUAGAAUAAAGACUCUUUUAAAAAAUGAAAUAUAUGCAGACAUACCUUGAUAAAUGGACAACAAUUAUUUGAGCUAAUAAAUUUAGCAACUGCCAAAGAUAAUAGGCCUAUAAUUGCAUUGGAGGACUCGGAAGAGAAUAGGUGAUUUCAAAUUGCUAUUUUGAAGAUGCGCGCAAGAAACUUGAUCAUUGCUUAGGUUUUAAUGAAAUUUCAGAGUGUUUGGAACUUCAAAUUUGAGAACAAAUUGAGUACUACGACCAGCAUAUAUCUUGAAAAUAUAAGACAAAUAAUAAAUGAACUAUGGCGCAAGUUGUACAUUGUCAUAGUAAUACCAAAUACGUAUUGCACAUGCAUGUUUUUUUUUUUUUUAACCCAAUUGACUUGUACUGACUGGUGCUGAUUGACUUAUUUUUCAUAUCAGUCCAUAUAGUGCAUUUUAAGGUCAUUGGUCAGUGCAAUCAGUGACAGACAGAAUCUGAUUGUUCCAGUUGUGUGUCUUGAUUAAAGUGCCUACUGUGAGAGUCAGGUAGCUUCUGCCAGAACUUUAAGGCUGUCAGUGUAUGACAAUCAAACAUGGAGGGAAUAUAUUACACUGAAAAUGAUGGGGUCUGUGAGAGAAACCACAUAACCAUACAUUCCAGGUACUACCUUACGGUACGUUCCUUUGCUCAGUGUGUUUGUGCA